AUGGUUAAGGUCUCCGAGCAGUCCGCUCCCAAGGCCUCCAACCCCUACGGUCCAAGACCGGAGGACUUCCUCUCAAAUGUCCGCAACUUCAAGAUCAUCGAGUCCACCCUGAGAGAAGGUGAGCAGUUCGCCAACGCGUUUUUCACCACCGAGAAGAAGAUCGAAAUCGCCAAGGCUUUGGACGACUUUGGUGUUGACUACAUCGAGCUCACCUCCCCCGCUGCUUCUGAGCAGUCCCGUUUGGACUGUGAGAAGAUUUGCAAGCUCGGCUUGAAGGCCAAGAUCCUUACUCACAUUCGAUGCCACAUGGACGACGCAAGAAUUGCUGUCGAGACUGGUGUUGACGGUGUUGAUGUCGUUAUCGGUACUUCAUCUUUCCUCCGUGAGCACUCCCACGGAAAGGACAUGGCUUACAUCACCAAGACUGCCAUUGAGGUCAUCAACUUCGUCAAGAGCAAGGGUAUUGAGAUCCGUUUCUCGUCUGAGGACUCCUUCCGUUCCGACCUUGUCGACCUUCUCUCCAUCUACCGCACUGUUGACCAGAUCGGUGUCAACCGUGUCGGUAUUGCUGAUACCGUCGGUUGCGCCAACCCCCGCCAGGUCUACGACCUUGUCCGUACCCUCCGUGGUGUCGUUUCUUGCGACAUCGAGACCCACUUCCACAACGACACCGGUAUGGCUAUUGCCAACGCCUACUGUGCCCUCGAGGCCGGUGCCACCCACAUCGACACCUCCGUCCUCGGUAUCGGAGAGCGUAACGGUAUCACCCCCCUUGGUGGUUUGAUCGCCCGUAUGUACACCGCCGACAAGGAGUACGUCAUGAACAAGUACAAGCUCCACCAGCUCCGUGACCUCGAGAACUUGGUCGCCGACGCUGUCGAGAUCACCGUUCCCUUCAACAACUACAUCACCGGUUACUGUGCCUUCACCCACAAGGCCGGUAUCCAUGCCAAGGCUAUCCUUGCCAACCCCUCUACCUACGAGAUCUUGAACCCCUCCGACUUCGGUAUGUCCCGUUACGUUCACAUCGCUUCCCGCUUGACUGGAUGGAACGCCAUCAAGUCUCGUGCUGAGCAGUUGAACUUGGACAUGACCGACGAGCAGGUCAAGAUGGUUACUGCCAAGAUCAAGCAGAUGGCUGAUAUCCGCACUUUGGCCAUGGAGGACGUCGACUCUUUGUUGCGUUCCUUCCACGCUGCCAUCUUGACCGGUGACAAGGAGCGUAUCGAGAAGGCUCUCCAGGUCGACGCCCUUAUCCCCGCUCCCGAGGUCGCCCUGGCAGAGGUCAACGCUGCCAAGGCUGUUGCUGGUCAGCAGUAG